AGUGGUGCGCAUUUCAAGUCUUGAUGGUUCAUUCAACUUCACCGUUGACUACAUAUAAUUUAGUCAUCUAUGAACGACAGUUGUUCGUCGAACGUCUUUGUUCCAUAAGUCGAAAUUGUCGACGACAUAUCGCACAAAUUGCAAUGAGGAUAAUUCUACUUCUUAGCCUUGUGGCUAUAAUUUUUGGCUUGGCUGUUCAUGCAGAGGAUAAGGCAGCAAAGGGACCAAAAGUAACAGAUAAGGUAUGGUUUGACAUCCAAAUUGGUGGUAAAGAUGUUGGAAGAAUUGAAAUUGGUCUUUUUGGAAAUACAGUCCCAAAAACAGUACAGAACUUUGUUGAACUUUCUAAGAAACCUGUUGGAGAAGGCUACAAAGGAAGUAAAUUUCAUAGAGUUAUAAAAGAAUUUAUGAUUCAAGGAGGCGAUUUUACAAAAGGAGAUGGAACUGGAGGACAUAGUAUUUAUGGUGCCAGAUUUGCUGAUGAGAAUUUCAAGUUAAAGCAUUAUGGUGCUGGAUGGUUAUCAAUGGCAAAUGCUGGAAAAGAUACUAAUGGUUCUCAAUUUUUCAUUACUACUGUACAAACUCCGUGGUUAGAUGGCAGACAUGUUGUGUUUGGGAAAAUACUCAAAGGAAUGGAUAUAGUAAAAAAAAUAGAAGCUGUAUCUACCGAUAGUCGAGAUAAACCAACAGAGGAUGUUGUUAUUAGUAACAGUGGAUCAGAAGUAGUAACAGAACCAUUUGGAGUUUCUAGAGAUGAUGCAACUGAAUAAAUAUCAAUUUGUGUACAAAAUAUGCAAGGGUCUAUGCUAACAAUAUAAUUUUAAUCACUGUACUAUAUUCCAAUUAUAUAUAAUUUCAUACAUAAAUAUUACUUCCCAUUAUAAAACAAUUUUAUAAAUAUGUGUAUAUAUUUACACAGAUACUUCUCCAUUUGUAUGACUAAUAAAUGAAUGUAAUUUGUUUAAA